AUGACUGUCGACAAUACUCAACCAGAGGGCGAGAACCCCAUCGGCGAUAUUCAGGUUGAAUUUCUUGGCACCCAAAAGUCGAGCAACACGGCAAGUCGUCGUGACUUGGGUUUUACAGGUCAACUUGGAGGGAAAUGGUACGCUGUUUAUGGUGAUGUGCUAUGGUGCGACUCAGGUGUCACCGAUCCUGAGGAAGAUAAUGAGGGAUUUCAUGGCAUGGUCAGAAAUGCUGUUUCUGCUCUGACGGAUGAUCCUCUUGUUGUGGAGGAUCUGCAUCUCAAUGAUGAUGAGCCGGUUCCUCAUCAAAAGCAGUUCAUGCCGUUUAAUGAGGACUGGGGUGAGACGAACACCUUUGGCUUUGGAGGGACGGGAAUUGUGGAGGUUGAUCCUGAUACUGCGACUGGUGCUCUUUAUUACCUCGUUAAUGAUGAUGAACAUUACAAGGGCGCUGGAAUAGCCAAAGUUGAGCUCAUCGACGACGUCCCUCAUAUCACCGAUCGCUACGGCGAGAAUGGCAUCUGGUGGAAUGGUGAUGAGGUGCCCAAGUAUGGAGAUGUCGCAACGUAUCGGGACGUCAACAGCGAAUACAUCUACAUUCUCGGAAACCCACCAAACCCAAUCACCGAUUUUCCUGGUAAGCUGUACAUCUACAUGGCUCGAGUACCCGCAAACGAUGCCUUCGACCUUGAUAAAUAUGAGUAUUGGUGGGGUAGACAAGAGGGAUGGAAGAGCGAAGUUCUCACCACGUUCAACUGUGAGACAGCGGUCAUGUGGGGUGUUGGGCAAGGUCAGAUUGUGUAUAACAAUCACUUCCAGACGUAUUUCUACGUUCAUCUUGAUUUGUCUGGCACUGUCUUUUUGAAAACUGCACCAAGCCCUGAAGGUCCUUGGACAGAAGGAAAAGAGGUUUACAAGGACGAGCCCAUUGAUGGGGGUCUGGUGUAUGCUGGAAUAGCGUACCCGCAUCUGGAUGAAUCUGGCCAGACGUUGACGAUUGGUUUCACUAAUAACAACUGGAUCAGGGUCAUCAAGGUCACUUUUACGUAG